CUUUAAAAUUCGGCGUCAACAACAGCAAUAAAAACCCGACCGCGACGGUGGCACGUUUCUUCCAGUUCGAGAACCAAGUACCCACCUAUCCGCCAUGUCUGCUGUAUUUGGAGCCGUCACCGGGACCUGGGGCCUGGUCAAGGACUUGAUAAAGCUCUGGGACGAUUUCGAGAAGCAGAUCCAUCAGGAGCGCCUCACGGAAGACCAAGCCGCACAGCUCAAGGAGUUCGGACUCGACGAUCGAGGCGAGGAUGUCAAGAUGAAUUUCAAGCUGUGCCAGAAUAUCUUUGACGACUACGGAGUGCCUCAGGAGCGCAAGGCCCGGCUGAACCGCGACCUCGAGAAGCUCCGCGUGCUGCUUGAGGAACUCGACAGCGCUGUGAAGGCGGUCCUGCGAGAGGCGCUGCCUGAAGAGAAGAAGAAGAUAAAGAGCAGGUUAUCAAUGUUCCAGCGACGCACAAAGGGCUCCUUCAUGCCAGCGAGAAGCGCGGCGAAAUCGCCCUCCCCACAUCAAGUGCUGGACCAGAAGCUCAAGAGAUUUGAUGAGGCGUUGAAAGGGCUCAGUGCCCUGGUCAUGACGAUGCGAGCGGUCUCUGCCGACUACAGUCCUUUGACGGAUAUCACGCUUGUUGGAGGCGUGCGAGAUAUCAGUCAGAGUCUAGAAUGGGCCAGGGCCAACUACGUACCACCCGGGAAAACGGCGGCAGGGGAGGCUUCAGUGGUACUCGAGCAGUCGCGUUGGUAUUUCGAGACGAGAAAGGAAGUGGCCGAGAAGAAGAUACAGGACCUGGCAUCCAGGCUUCGCUCAGCCCUGCCGGCGAACUCCAUCCCCCGGCUGCUGGGAUAUCUCCCCGACUGCUGGGAUGCUUAUGUCCGCUUGGUGUUUGAGUGGCCCCUUCCCACGAGCGCGGAGCCAGUAACCCUAACUACGCUCUAUGCGGGCAAGGAACAGGAGCCGUCCCUCAACGUCCGCGUCUCGCUCUGUCGGCAGCUAGCCGUCGCCGUUCUGCAGACCCACAAGAUCGGCCUCGUGCACAAGAACAUCCGGCCGGCGAAUCUUUUGGUGGCGGUGGAAAGAGCAUCCGACGACCCUGCAAGCACCAUCGUGAACGCGACGCUGUUCCUCUGCGGCUGGUCAGAGUCGCGCGACAAAUCGCGUGGGGCGAGCGCGCGUAGUGGCGAGUGGGCACCUGGUAAACUCAUAUACCAGCACCCGGACCGCCAUGCCCAAAGCCCCGAGGCGGCUCAGGUGGAUGAAAUCUACGACGACGACGACCACGACGGUGGCUUCCCACUGGCAAAAACGGGAGUAGAGCCCUCCCAAAGCUCGCAGGGCCUGGCGAAGCAGAACUACAACAUCUACCACGACAUAUACAGCAUGGGUGUAUGCGCCCUGGAGCUGCUGAUGUGGGAUAGCCUGGUCCCUCUAGCCCAGGCACCGCCUUUCUCGCUGGUGCUUUCCGACGCGUACAGAGAGACGUACAAGAAACGCUGGCCGGCCGACCUGGCCAAUGCCGAGGCCGCGUCGCGCAGUGGCGGCCGCACUGCGACGCCUGUUGCGAACCUGCUCACAAAAGACGCGGAGCGUGUCAAGACCACGCUCGAGGACAUGACAAAGCAUUACGUCCCGCAAAAGGGCGGCAAGAAAAUGGCGGAGCUCGUGUACCGGUGCCUGAACUCGAAGCCGAUGGUGCAGCCCGUGGAAAACGUGCCGGCGUCGGACGAGGUGAUAUCCGAGAGCAUCUACCAGGAGAUUGUGGAGGAUCUGGACAAGCUGCUGUCGGUCCUGUAGAGGCGAGGGCCUUGUAAAGAUGAGACGGCACCUCGAAGGUUUUUGGUUAGGGAGCCCUUGGCGGGCCGUCUGCCCG